AUGUCUUUCGCACUUUGGUCAGUUUGCCCGAGAUGUCGCUUCAUGCACAGAUCAGACGAAGAUUGUUAUCAGCCAGAUGACGAGCCGCUGUCUCUUUACUCGAGCCUUACCGCCCGCGACAUUGCCCGUCAGGCUAGCCAGCGUGGCCGCACCGCCCGGGCUCCUGAGAUGCAAGAUCAAUUUGGUCAGCAGCCUCACAUUAGACACCGCCGCGAGCGUAGCCGUGGUCGGACUCUUGACCGUGAUCAUGACCACCAUCAUGCGCAUGGUCAACACCAUGCUCAUGGCCAUCAGCACGGCCACGGUCACCAUCAGGGUCACGGACAUCAUCAUCACGACAAUGAUGAUCUCUCUGAUUUCACUGACGAUGGUAGACACCCCCCUGCUUAUGGUCAACAUCAUGCUCAUGGCCAUAGACACGGUCAUCAUGAUGAUGAUGAUGAUUCCUCUGACGAUGAUCAGAUCCAUCAUGAUCAUGGCCGCCAUCGUGGUCGCGCUUCUCACCACGAUCAGGGCCAUCGUCAAUUGGAUGCGCCUCCUUCUUACGCCACGGCUCCUCCGGGAUAUGUCAUGGCUCACCAGGCCCAUGGCCAUGCUCCUCAGGGAUACGGCCAAGCUCCUCAAGGGUACGCCGUUCGACCUCCUCCGGGGCGAGGUCAAGCUCCUGAGGGGUAUGGCCAGGCCUUUAACCAACAGGCCUUCAACCAGGCACUUGCCCAGCAGGCCUACAGCCUCCAGGGUGUCAUUCCCAUCGAUCGCUACCGCCGUGGCUUUCAGUAA